UGGAGACUCUACACCCUUCGUGGUUUGGGGGACCCUGGUCCGGGAAGGGCGCGCGCCCGAUCAGACCGGCCUGGGGGUGGCGCUGCGCCCCCAAGGGGCCGAAGGGUCGCGGGGGAGGGAGGAAGAGGCGCCUAGCUCUGGUGGAGAGGCAGUGGGGGCAGUGCCAGGGCAAGUGCUCGCCGCCCACUGCAGUGGCAGCCGGCCGCCCCCCCGCCCCGGGGCAGGAGGGUGUCAGCGGAGAUGUCACGGGCGGCGAUUAUUCGCUGGUGCGCGCGGUCCUGCGGCCGCCACUGACGGGGCGGGCGGUGGGGGGGCCGCCGCCUCCGGGGAGACCGCCCAGAGCGGCGCGGUCAGCUCCGCAGCUCGCGCCGCGAGCACACGCGUCGCCGCCCCCGCGCGCCCCCCGCAUUAAAGUUCGGCUCAACUUUGUGGCGGGCCUGACGCCCUGUCCCUUCCACCUCCCACCAGGUCCUCGGCCGGCGCGGCGAGUCAGGCGGCGGUGGCCGAGUGCAGCCCCGGGCCCCCCGCACGGCGGCCAGCGGCGACAGCGACAGCCGCGAGGGGGACGCGGCGCGCCCGUGUGGGGGCGUCCGGCCCGCACCCGCGAGUGGGCGCCGCCGAGGACCCGCGCCGCGCCGCGCUGCUCUGGCACCCGGAGAGCGGCCCGAGCCCGGAGCGCGCCUGCUGGAAGCCGCGGGUGGGCGCUCGCCCCCGAGGGCGCCCGGACCCCGCCACCUGAACAGAAGCGGUUCAGUUGACUCCGGGAGCGUGUGCCGGGAGGGAGCGCGUGCGGAAGGCCGGAGGGCAGGAAGUCGGGCUUCUGCAGCUAGGGUGGCGCGACCGCGCGGGACCGAACCUUCCUUAUUUAUGUGUCAGCCAGCGUUCGCCUUCUUCCUCCGGACACUUCAGGGAGAGCUCCGAGCUGCCAACCCCGCGUGUGAGCACAGAAGCUCCAGCUGUCAGAACAACAUGAUUAUGCAUUAAACUACAAACUUUUCUUUUUUUAACCCAAAGAAUAUCGGUGAUUUUUGUCCACUGCUAGAAGAGAGAGCCCAGGGCUCUGGAAAUGCAGCAAAAUCCUUAUUUAUAAACAGGCCGCGGUAGUGAUAUGCAACCCCCCUCUACUCUGUGAGUUUUCUAUCCUAUGGAUAUUGGUCUUGAGAUUUGAGAUUGGAGAGCAGGCUGUCUGCAUUGGGUCUGCAGCCUCCACCCUUUCAAUGCCCGGUUUCCAUUGGGACUGCUGGCCUUGCCUGGAGAUCAGAGCGGUCCUGUGUGCCAUGGGCUGUAUUCAGAGCAUUGGCGGCAAAGCCAGAGUCUUCAGGGAAGGGAUCACAGUGAUAGAUGUGAAAGCCUCUAUCGAUCCCAUCCCUACCAGCAUCGACGAGUCCUCCAGCGUGGUGCUCCGCUACCGGACACCCCACUUCCGGGCCUCGGCUCAGGUGGUCAUGCCACCCAUCCCCAAGAAGGAGACGUGGAUUGUUGGCUGGAUUCAGGCGUGCAGCCACAUGGAGUUUUACAACCAAUACGGCGAGCAGGGGAUGUCCAGCUGGGAACUCCCCGACCUCCAGGAGGGCAAGAUUCAGGCCAUCAGUGACUCAGACGGGGUAAACUACCCCUGGUACGGCAACACCACGGAGACGUGCACCAUCGUGGGCCCCACCAAGAGAGACUCCAAGUUUAUCAUCAGCAUGAAUGACAACUUUUAUCCUAGCGUCACGUGGGCUGUGCCGGUCAGCGAGAGUAACGUGGCCAAACUGACCAACAUCUACCGGGACCAGAGCUUCAUCACGUGGCUGGUGGCCACCAACAUCUCGACCAAUGACAUGAUCGUGCUGCAGACGCUGCACUGGCGCAUGCAGCUCAGCAUCGAUGUGAACCCCCACCGGCCCCUGGGCCAGCGCGCCCGGCUGCGGGAGCCCGUCACCCAGGACCAGCCCAAAAUCUUGAGCAAGAACGAGCCCAUCCCGCCCAGCGCCCUGGUCAAGCCCAAUGCCAACGAUGCCCAGGUCCUCAUGUGGCGGCCCAAGUACGGGCAGCCGCUGGUGGUGAUCCCACCCAAGCAUCGGUAGCGUCCAGGGCAACCCGCUAGAUUAGACUCAAAUAAUAAUACCGCUCAGUGCAAAACCCAAGCGCACUCUUCAGUCAUUCAGCAAAAUGCAACAUUCUACCUUCUCAGCGGGCGGACCUCACUGUGCUCCUGCUCCCGGCUGGCCGACUCGUGUGCAGGGGGAGACCCACGCGCACCCUCCUGGGCCACCUCUGGUCCCCCUUCCUUUCCUGUUCUCACAGAUUUCCCUGAGACACUGCUAUUCCCGUUCUUGUUUUUCAACUUCUCUUUACGAGGUUCAGGGCAGGAGGAUGGGGAGCUGGUCAAGAGGGACGCACAGGCUUCGGGCCGGGCUGUGGUCUGCACCGCGGGCAUUCGUCGCCCGGCUGGCCUCCCACGCUGCUCCCCCUGCCCUCUGUCAUGCGGCCUUACCUUUCGUAGACUUGCUUUGCCAAACUUUUGCCUUAAGCUGAAUUCAAAGGAAGAACGAGAAACUGAUAAAGAAAGCAGAAUCUCCUCUGAUGGGCUUUUGAUCUGCUGCAGGUGGAGGGAGGAGGUUGGGUUGGGUUGGGCGCGUGCACCUGAGUCCCUCGUCUUGGUUGUUUUGGGAGAAGGGCGAGGACAGAGAUUUAGACCUAAGACCAGCUGCUCACUCUUUCAUUUAGGCAGAAACAAAACCACAAACAAACUCUGCCCAACAGCCCCUUCUGUCUCCCGCCCCCCCUAGAUUCUCCCCACCUGUGGAUAGGGGCUGUAAGCCCCUGUGGGGCGAGUCCACCAGCGGCGCCCUCUUUUUUCUUUUCUCGGCAGCCUUAACUUGCCUUGGGUGGCUCUAGGAGGAGAGAGGAAGGUCCUGUGAGCUCCGGCUGGGCCUAGGAGAUACUCACUCUCUCUGUCCUCGGGACCCACCCGUGGGUGGUCCCCACACCAUUCCCUAAGUGUGUCUUCCAUCCACACUGGUUUCUAAUGCCCAGGGGGCAGCCACCUGGGCCACCGACACAGUCCCAGUUUUAGUCUCAAAGGUAAGAAAGGCAUGUGUGUCCCUUCUUGCACAACAUUUUAAGACUUGAACCUGGUGGCCCCAGCACUGUGGUUGGUUAUCCCCUAGUGCACUGCAAAGGAGCCAAGACAGGGCUCGUUCUCAGGGGCUGCUGCUCCCAGGCUCUCCGGGGUCGGGUGGGGGCUGCAGACAGACUCUCAGAAGCAGUGAUGGAGGCCAAGGACAGCUGCAGAGGGCCCAGAGACUGAGGAGUCCCUGGCCCGGGAAGUCUGGGCGGACAGCGGACCCACUAUCUGCUUUGUGUCCUGGAAGUAAACACAGACCCAGGGCUGGGAGGGUUAAGUGGGCCCUGAUGGGAGGUGUCAGAGCCAUUCUGGAGGCUGGUCUGGCACAGUGACAGCAUCAGGAGAGGAUAGGUAUCAGGUGGCCAGUCCCUGGGGGCCACCCUCCUGCCCUUGGACCUGAGCAAUGUCUGCCUCGAGGCUGCUCACGGUUCUUGUUGGGGGCCCCCUGGCUGUCAGCUUGCCAAACCCACGGCCCUAUCCCCGGGGCCACGCUCAGACUAAUAAUCCUCAAGCACAGAACACCAUUGGAUGAAAAAAAUACCCGUUUCUGCUGUAGGUGAGCCACUUGGAGUCUCAGUGACAGCGUGGGAGGGUGUGGGCACCCUUGCUCGCUCCUGCACCCACGUGUUGUAUUUAUUCAUGGGGUGUGCACAGUCCGGUCAGUCUCUGAGCCCAGUGCCUGCAGGGAGACCAGCUGGUGCCAUGCUUAGGGAGCCCUUGGUGGGGGCUGGGACCUCCCCCUAGAAACUGCAAGUUCCCCUCUGUGAGGAUGAAGGCCUUGUCCCCAGAGAGGCAGCAGCCUUGCAUGGGGGAACCGGGGGUCCCAGCUGCUCCUAUGAGGGCGGGCUGGGGCUCAGCCUGGGCCCUCCACACUCAGGUCUUUUGUUGCACUAAGAGGAGUUGGGCCCUGCCAGGGGCCAGGAAGGGGGCUCUCUUGCUGGGUGGUGGUGGACAGGCCGGGGUCUGGAACUGCUCUGGAGCCAAGGCACCCUGAACUUACAUUUCUUGAGUGUGAACAAACAUUCGAAGCAGAGGCCAAUGCCCCACCCCCACCCCGCAUGCCAGGCCCCCAGCCCACCUUGCUCCCUGGCUGACCUCUACCCUGAGACAGGGGGAGACGCUGCAGGUCCAGCCAAGGACUUUCAGCUCUGCCUGGGUCUAGUCCCUUAGCCUCUGUCCUCGUGGGGCACAGACCCUGGCCUCCUGCCCAGCCCCGACACUCCCAUCCCUAGCCCCCUCCCCGCCUCCACCCCAUCGAGGACACUCACUCACUCCUUCCAGCAAUAAGAGCAGUCCUUGGUUGCGGAGAGUACUGUGAAAACAAACCAAUGCACUUACCAGGAGGCACAAGACUCUUGAAGAAAAUGUAAAAUGAAUCUUUUUUAAAGAAAACACAAAUAUUCAUAAAGAAAUAAAGUAUUUUAAAGUA